GAGAAGUGGUGGCAGCAGAGGAUUUUCUGCCAUUAUUGAAGACAGAGAAGAAGAGCUAGCGGAGCCGGAAGGACAGAGCCUGGCAGAAGGACGGAGCCGUGAGCUAGCUAAGGAUGCUGACCAAUAUCUCUAAUGUGCUGAGGGCUUGUGCUCAGAGAAAUGGAGCUGCAGCAGUCGUGUCAGCCCGCACAUAUGCUGACUUCACAACCGAGGCUACCUUUGAAAUAAAGAAAUGUGACAUCCACAAGCUGGAUGAGGCCCCGGCCACUCAGGUGGUUAUGACUCGUGAGGAGGGUCUGCAGUACUACCGCACUAUGCAGACCAUAAGGCGUAUGGAGCUGAAAGCAGAUCAGCUGUAUAAGCAGAAGAUCAUCAGAGGCUUCUGCCACUUGUACGACGGCCAGGAGGCCUGUGCAGUUGGAAUCGAAGCAGGUAUUAAUUUGACAGACCACCUGAUCACUGCGUACCGCGCCCACGGCUACACUUACACCAGAGGAGGGACUGUGAAGGAGAUCAUGGCUGAGCUCACCGGCAGAAGAGGAGGUAUUGCAAAGGGCAAAGGAGGCUCUAUGCACAUGUACACUAAACACUUCUAUGGAGGAAAUGGAAUUGUCGGAGCUCAGGUUCCCUUAGGUGCUGGUAUUGCUCUGGCCUGCAAGUAUCUUGGCAACAACGAGCUGUCUGUCAGUCUCUAUGGUGAUGGUGCUGCAAAUCAGGGUCAGAUUUUUGAAUCCUACAAUAUGGCAGCACUUUGGAAAUUGCCCGCCAUCUUCAUCUGUGAGAACAACAGGUAUGGCAUGGGCACGUCAGUGGAGCGAUCUGCAGCCAGCACAGACUACUACAAGAGAGGAGACUUCAUUCCUGGUCUCAGGGUGGAUGGAAUGGAUGUUCUGUGUGUUCGGGAAGCAACCAAGUUUGCAGCUGAUCACUGCCGAUCUGGGAAGGGUCCCAUGCUCAUGGAGCUUCAGACCUAUCGCUAUCAUGGACACAGCAUGAGCGAUCCUGGUGUCAGCUACCGCACACGUGAGGAGAUCCAGGAGGUCCGUGGUAAGAGUGACCCUAUCUCCAUGCUGAAGGACCGCAUGCUCAGCAACAACAUGGCCAGCAUAGAGGAGCUCAAGGAGAUUGAUGUGGCGGUGAGGAAGGAAAUCGAAGAUGCUGCUCAGUUUGCCACCACAGAUCCUGAACCCCCACUGGAAGAAUUGUGCAAUCACAUCUUUUACAACAACCCAGCUCUGGAGGUGCGCGGUACGAACCCGUGGACCAAGCUGAAGUCUGUUAGCUAAAGUAUUUUUCAGUAUUUUCAUGCCCUCUUUUCAUCACGUCAUCCACCCAUAAAUAUAUUACCCCCCCUCUGCCACUCACAAGCGCACACAUCAUACAAUGUACCAUCAACUGGUGCCUCAGACCCAGAGCUUUAACCAUCAGCAAGUAAAUUAAUUUCAAUGCUGUACAGUUAAACAGCAGGGACAAUAUUCUCAAAGAUCUGCUGAAUAUGAAACUAACAAAGAUUGACAAGAUAAUACCUUAAUUGUUUUUAAUUUAAAGAGCGUACCUCAAGAAUUAAUUAAUCUACUGAAUUUAAGGAAUAUAGGCUUCCUUUAACAUUAAGCACUUAGAAGGUUUUGCAAAGCUGGCCUCAUGUGAAUAAAAUAGCUAAAUUUGCUUGAUUGAUGAUAAUCUCGGGUCACUUUUGAGGUGUAAGAAAGAAAAUGGCCAUCCAUCGCUGUUGCUUCACACUCUUUAUGUUGACGUGUACAUGAUAUACCAUUACCAAUUUUUGUCUUUUUAUUUAACCUGUUACAAAGAACCAUAAAAGGCAGCAGGGUAAAGUCUAUUGUUACUAUCAACCUCCUUAAUAUAUAGGAAAUGUUUUUUUUCUUUUAAUAUACUCUAAAAGAGGUUGAAGAAUACAAAUGGAAAGGUUUGAAAUAUUUUAAUUUAUCUUGCCAAACCAAACGUGCCUGGCAGAUCUUAUGUUGUUUAGAGGAUGGAUGUGUCGUCACUCCGAGCUGGGUAGCUGAUGCUAACGCAUCUAAAAGUCAGAUGGUUGAAGACGUGUUCACAGUGGGUUCAUGCCGAUACUCUGGUGCUCAGGUGCCUUGUUUGAGUUUCAUGACAAAACCAUAAACCGCUCCUUUUUUCAUUUUCAUGUAUUUGGAAAGGUUUUAUUCAAUGUGUGUAAAUACACUCUAAAUGACCACAAGCUGAAACAUCUACUGAGGAAAACAACGCUGAAUGUAAACAUGAUGACUUAUAGUCAGAGUGCAUUCAUCAGCUAAACUUCAUAUUCCCAUAAGAGUAAAGUAUUGUUGGUUCAGUAGCUUUGUGUGCUACUUGCGUGUUUUGCUCAGAAGGUGUUUUGUGCUAUUUAAAAACUUUAGUAGUGGUACAUUAUUGGCUCAGAUGGUCAGGGAUACAUGGACAUUUAACAUUUCAGUCUUUUUAUUUUUUCUUGUCAAGUACUUGAACACAUUAUUGUUAAAAAAAGAAAAUGACUACACUAAAGCAUCAGGUAGCAAAAUAACAACUUGUAUAUCAAGACUGCUAUCAGCGAGCUGCCAUGUUAUUUUUCAGUCAUGGGUAUUCCUAAACAUUGUGCUUGAAGGGAAAGGUCUUUUCUGUAAUGUGGAAAGUAUUUAGUCAAAUAAGAAGACAGACUAAAAUUUUAAAUGUCAAUACCUGUCUUAAUACAACCCACACAGUGCGAGUAUUUGUUGUAAUAAACUGUUACAUUGAGGGUGACAGAUGACGCAGGGAUGCGCUCUAUGGAAACAUUGUUUUUAUGUGUGCGCCACUGUAAUAAAAAGACUGUAUGAUACUGUA